CUCGUGCUCGUGCACGCGCUCCCUGCUCCUGUGUGACUCAGUGGUGUUUAUUCGGAUAGCCGAGCUAACCUACAGCUACACCGGCUUAUUUGACUGCGGGAAACAGCAUUGCUUAGGCAACAUGUCCAAACUGGAGCAAGUAUUAAUUCUCGACCCGCCGACUGAUCUAAAAUUCAAAGGGCCGUUCACAGAUGUUGUGACCACCAACCUCAAGCUCCAAAACCCGUCCGACAGAAAAAUAUGCUUCAAAGUGAAGACAACUGCACCACGUCGCUACUGUGUGCGGCCCAACAGUGGCUCCAUCGAUCCUGGUUCCUCAGUCAUUAUCUCUGUAAUGUUGCAGCCUUUUGACUAUGACCCAAAUGAAAAAAGUAAACACAAGUUCAUGGUGCAGACCAUUUAUGCGCCAUCCAACAUAACUGACUUGGAAGCAGUGUGGAAGGAUGCAAAGCCAGAGGACCUCAUGGACUCUAAGCUCCGAUGUGUUUUUGAACUGCCCUCAGAAAAUGACAAAAUGUCAGGUGCGUGUGGCUCUGUAGCUGGACUCAAACCCCCCAGGUUGCAGAGCUGUGUGGGCAGCCACGCCGCCCCCACUGCUGGAGAGUACUGCACACCUGCAGGCAGACGAAACCUCACUGAUCAGCAGGAAGUGUUUGACUUUCCCAAUGUCAGGCCAGGCCAAAGAUCAGGGUGGGACAGACAGAGUCAGAACGAUGCAGACCCGACUAAAGCUGCCCCCGUCCUUAACGCCUCUAAGGCAGACAGCACAUCGGCAGCGAAGCCUGGCAGCAUGGCUCUGGAUGACACCGAGAUGAGAAAGGUAAUGGAGGAGUGCAAGAGGCUGCAGUCCGAAGUGAGCAAACUGGGAGAUGAGAACCGACAACUUAAGGAUGAAGGUCUGCGAAUGAGGAAGGCCCAGCGCUCAGAAAAUGUGGUCUCAAACACAGCAGGCAUGGUGAGGAAGGAAACCAGUUCCAAAUCGCUCCCCUCACUGCUUGUGGUUAUUGCAGCUAUCUUCAUUGGAUUCUUCCUGGGGAAGUUUGUGUUGUAGGAUAAAUGCGUGUGUUCUGCCCAGCUCCUUCCAGUGUCUUCUGGGCCUGAGGGGCGAAGCACGUGUUCUUGUUGUUCAGCGUCGCAUCAGUGCUAGUCUGGCCUAAGGCGGCGGGGAAAAAUGCGUCUGUGUACAGAAUCAUUCAAACAGGCCUUGCCUUUUUGCAAUUUCACAUGGUUAGUACACAUACACACUCAGAAAAGAGAAAAACAAAAUCUGGUUUUUUUUUGUUUUUUUUCCUCCCCCAUUUUUGUUGGGCUUUUUUUUUUUUUGUGGUGAGGGGUAUUUCUUUUUCCUUGCAAGAGUGGGACAAGUUUAACUGUACACUUACUAAUACAUCAAUUGCAGUCAAAUUGCUGGCACUGUGUAGAGACCUUUACGAUAAAGGAAAAAAAAUCUAUGAUGAAUAAAUAAAAUUAAUUGUCCUAGCUUUCUUUACGUGGUUUAAUAAGUGUUGGAAUGUUUUAAGUGUCUUGUACAUGUCAUUCUAAUCCUUUAUGAAAAUUUAAAACUCAAAAGGAAAAAAAAUGAUGCUGUGUGUUGCUGGUUGGCCUCUUCACAGUGAAACUGAGCUUCAGAUUUACAAUCAUUUUAUUUUCUUGAAUGUGAAGAAUUCAGCUGAGACACUGUGCCUCCUUCCAUGUACAUUAUUUUCUCUCCGUCACCUGACACACACACAUCUUACUCUUACAUUAAGUCUUAGCAUUUACUUUAUGCAAAUUAUAUACUCAUUUGUGAGGCAACUGUUAACUGAAAUAUGACCACUCUGACUGUAUAUGGUAUUUAACAUUGAGCCACUGGGAAAAAGAGAAAUUAAAAUUAAAUAAAAAUAUCUAAUAAACA